CGCGGCGACCCUCGGCGGCUCGAGCCUCCGCCGUCGCGGGCGGCCUGACCUCGCGGCCGCGGGCGGGGGCGGCUCCUGGCGAAGAGGAGGGGGCCGUGGCGGCCACCGCGGCGGAGCCCGAGUUCUUUUGCCACGAAAAUGGUUUGCACGGUCUUGAACACAUACUAUCCAUGCUGAUGGGACAGGGUCCAAUAUGAAUAUAAAUGAUGGAGGAAGACGACGCUUUGAGGAUAAUGAACAUACAUUACGUAUAUAUCCUGGGACAAUUUCAGAAGGGACUAUCUACUGUCCAAUUCCUGCCAGAAAAAACUCCACAGCUGCUGAGGUGAUUGACUCUCUUAUAAACAGACUUCAUCUUGACAAAACGAAGUGUUACGUUCUCGCAGAAGUAAAGGAAUUUGGUGGAGAAGAAUGGAUACUCAACCCCACAGACUGUCCAGUUCAGCGAAUGAUGUUGUGGCCCCGGAUGGCUCUGGAAAAUCGCCUGAGUGGAGAGGACUAUCGCUUUCUUCUGAGAGAAAAAAACCUUGAUGGAUCAAUCCAUUAUGGUAGUUUGCAGUCAUGGCUACGGGUAACAGAAGAGCGUCGCAGGAUGAUGGAACGGGGUUUUCUCCCACAGCCUCAGCAGAAAGACUUUGAUGAUUUGUGUAGCUUACCUGAUUUGAAUGAGAAAACUCUUUUAGAAAACCUACGAAAUCGCUUUAAGCAUGAAAAAAUUUAUACCUACGUUGGCAGUAUUCUAAUAGUGAUUAACCCAUUCAAGUUUCUUCCUAUUUAUAAUCCCAAAUAUGUCAAAAUGUAUGAUAACCACCAAUUGGGAAAACUGGAGCCCCACAUUUAUGCUGUGGCUGAUGUUGCUUAUCAUGCCAUGCUUCAGCGCAAAAAGAAUCAGUGCAUCGUGAUUUCAGGAGAGAGUGGUUCUGGGAAGACUCAAAGCACAAACUUUCUUAUUCACCACCUUACUGCUCUCAGUCAGAAGGGAUUUGCCAGUGGAGUGGAACAAAUUAUUCUUGGAGCUGGACCAGUACUUGAGGCCUUUGGAAAUGCAAAGACAGCUCAUAAUAACAAUUCAAGUCGUUUUGGCAAGUUUAUUCAAGUAAAUUACCAAGAAACUGGCACUGUACUUGGUGCCUAUGUUGAAAAAUAUCUCCUGGAGAAGUCCAGACUCGUUUAUCAAGAGCAUAAUGAACGGAACUAUCAUGUAUUUUAUUACCUCCUGGCAGGAGCAAGUGAAGAAGAAAGAUUAGCAUUCCAUCUUAAACAACCGGAAGAAUAUCAUUAUCUCAAUCAGAUAACAAAGAAACCCCUCAGACAGAGCUGGGAUGAUUAUUGCUAUGACUCUGAGCCGGAUUGCUUCUCAGUGGAGGGGGAAGAUUUGAGGCAUGACUUUGAACGCUUACAGCUGGCCAUGGAAAUGGUAGGAUUUCUUCCCAAGACACGAAGACAGAUUUUCUCUCUUCUCUCAGCCAUACUCCAUUUGGGUAAUAUCUGUUAUAAAAAGAAGACCUAUCGGGAUGACUCCAUAGAUAUCUGUAAUCCUGAAGUUCUGCCUAUUGUCUCAGAAUUAUUAGAAGUUAAAGAAGAGAUGCUAUUUGAGGCAUUAGUUACAAGGAAGACUGUGACAGUGGGAGAAAAGCUUAUUUUGCCAUAUAAGCUCGCAGAGGCUGUGACUGUGAGGAACUCCAUGGCUAAGUCUUUAUAUAGUGCCCUAUUUGACUGGAUAGUUUUUCGGAUUAAUCACGCACUUCUGAAUAGUAAAGAUUUGGAGCAAAAUACGAAGACUUUGUCCAUUGGUGUUCUUGAUAUUUUUGGGUUUGAAGAUUAUGAAAAUAACAGCUUUGAACAGUUCUGUAUAAAUUUUGCUAAUGAACGUUUACAACACUACUUCAAUCAGCAUAUUUUUAAAUUGGAGCAAGAGGAAUAUAGAACUGAAGGUAUCAGCUGGCACAAUAUAGAUUAUAUUGAUAAUACCUGUUGCAUAAAUCUUAUUAGCAAGAAACCAACAGGUCUGCUCCAUCUUUUGGAUGAAGAAAGCAACUUUCCACAGGCUACAAAUCAAACAUUGCUAGAUAAAUUUAAGCAUCAACAUGAAGAGAAUUCUUACAUUGAAUUUCCAGCCGUGAUGGAGCCUGCUUUCAUCAUAAAGCAUUAUGCUGGGAAAGUAAAAUAUGGGGUAAAGGAUUUCCGGGAAAAAAAUACAGAUCAUAUGCGCCCUGACAUUGUAGCUCUUCUAAGAAGUAGCAAGAAUGCAUUUAUCUCUGGGAUGAUUGGAAUUGAUCCCGUAGCUGUUUUCCGAUGGGCAGUUCUCAGAGCUUUUUUCAGAGCCGUGAUUGCUUUCAGGGAAGCUGGGAAAAGACACAUUCAGAGAAAAACUGGACAUGAUGAUACAGCGCCAUGUGCAAUUUUGAAAAGUAUGGAUAGUUUUAGCUUUCUCCAACACCCAGUCCACCAGAGGAGCUUAGAGAUUCUGCAGAGGUGCAAGGAAGAGAAGUACAGUAUAGCCCGGAAAAAUCCCAGAACACCUCUUUCUGAUCUCCAGAGCAUGAAUACUCUAAAUGAAAAAAACCAACAAGAUACAUUUGAUAUUGGAUGGAAUGGAAGAACUGGGAUUCGUCAGAGCAGACUUUCAAGUGGCACCUCCUUGCUUGAUAAAGACGGGAUAUUUGCUAAUUCAGCUAGUAGCAAACUGUUGGAGAGAGCCCAUGGAAUUCUUAUGAGAAACAAAAAUUUCAAGUCCAAGCCUGGCCUUCCAAAGCACUUACUAGAGGUAAAUUCUUUAAAGCACCUGACAAGACUGACGCUACAGGAUCGCAUUACCAAGUCUCUUCUUCAUUUGCACAAGAAGAAAAAACCUCCCAGCAUCAGUGCCCAAUUUCAGGCCUCAUUAAGCAAGCUGAUGGAGACACUUGGUCAAGCAGAACCCUAUUUUGUAAAAUGCAUUCGCUCUAAUGCCGAAAAGCUGCCAUUAAGAUUCAAUGAUGCCUUGGUACUUCGACAGCUUCGGUACACUGGGAUGCUAGAGACAGUUCGAAUUCGCCAAUCUGGCUACAGCUGCAAAUACUCUUUCCAGGAUUUUGUGAGCCACUUCCACGUACUUCUUCCCCGAAAUAUUAUUCCAUCCAAAUUUAACAUUCAGGAUUUCUUCAGGAAAAUAAGUCUUAAUUCAGAUAAUUAUCAAGUUGGAAAAUCCAUGGUGUUCCUAAAGGAGCAGGAACGACAACACCUACAAGAUCUGCUUCACCAAGAGGUGCUCCGCAGAAUCAUAUUGUUGCAGCGAUGGUUCAGGGUUCUGCUGUGUAGGCAGCAUUUCCUCCACCUGAGACAGGCAUCCAUCAUUAUCCAGCGAUUCUGGAGGAAUUACCUAAAUCAGAAGCAAGUCAGAAAUGUAGCUGUGCAGAAGGAUGCUUUAGUCAUGACUAGUGCAGCCACUCUUCUCCAGGCUUCCUGGCGUGCUCACUUGGAGAGGCAGCGGUAUUUGGAGCUCCGGACUGCAGCCAUCAUCAUCCAGCAGAGAUGGAAGGAGCACUACAGGCGGAGACACAUGGCUGCUGUCUGUAUUCAGACAAGAUGGAAAGGCUACAGGGAAAGUAAGAGGUAUCAAGAACAAAGGAACAAAAUUAUCCUUUUGCAAUCAGUAUGUAGAGGAUUCAGAGCAAGACAAAGAUUUAAAGUCUUAAAAGAACAAAGACUGAAAGAAACAAAACUAGAACUUGGAUUGGCAAAUACUGAGCAAUAUGGAGCUCUGGAAAUUCAGGGAUCAGACCCUUCAAAAUGGGAGGAUUGUUCCUUUGACAACAGAGUAAAAGCUAUAGAGGAAUGUAAAUCUGUGAUAGAAAGCAAUCGAAUUAGCCAGGAAAGUUCAACGGACUGCUUGAAAGAGUCCCCAAACAAGCGACAGGAAAGAGCCAGAAGUCAAAGUGGUGUGGACUUACAGGAAGAAGUGAUUGUAAGAGAGAGACCUAAGUCCUUGGAGGAUCUCCACCAGAAAAAAGUAGGUCGGGCCAAAAGAGAGAGUCGGAGAAUGAGAGAACUAGAGCAAGCUAUAUUUAGUUUAGAAUUGUUGAAAGUUCGUUCUCUUGGUGGUGUGUCUCCUUCAGAGGAACGUAGAUGGUCUGCAGAACUCACUGAAGGCCUUCAGUCUCUACAGGGUACACCUGACAGUGAAAGCUCUCAAGGAAGCUUGGAACUUCUGAGUUGUGAGGAAAGCCAAAAGAGCAAACUAGAGUCCAUAAUUUUAGAUGAAGGAGACUUGCAGUUUCUAUCACCUAAAAUACCUAGCAGUCCAAAAUUUGAUUCACAGGACAAUGCCCUCAGUGCCUCAAGUGAGACUAACUAUACAUUGAUUGAAAAGGGGACACCCUCUGACUCAGUGCAUUUGAAGAAUGGGACUAUGAAGGAAAAACUGGUUUGUAGUUCUGAAUCUAUUACCUGUAAGCCACAGCUGAGAGACCCUUUUAUUUCACAUAGUUUGCCUACAUUUUUUUAUAUUCCCCAACAAGACCCACUGAAAACAAGUUCCCAACUAGAUACAAGUAUCCAGAGAAACAAGCUAUUAGAAGGUAAAGAAACCCUUUCAUCUCUUACUUUGGAUGUCAACAGAGAAGCCAGAAAGUACCACUUCUCAGGAGAAAAUCAAGUUGUUACAUCUUUGAAUACAGAUUCUUCUAAUACUGUGCUGAAGAAGUUAGAAAAGCUAACCAUUGAAAAGGAAGAAAGGCAAAAGCAGUUGCAGCAACAGAAUGAAAAAGAGAUGAUGGAACAGAUUCGUAAGCAAACAGAUAUUUUAGAGAAGGAGCGUAAAGCCUUCAAGACCAUUGAAAAGCCGAGAACUGAGGAGUCCCUCCUGGCACCAUCUUUCCAUCCAUCAAAGCAAAGAGUAGAGAGAUCAUCCUCUCUCCUCAUUCUGAAUACCCCAAAUAAGGAAGAACCCAGUGUUCUAGGGCCUCCAUCAGUAACUGUAAAAGAUGCAGCUCUUCUUUCAAAAGAUAGUCCUUCUGCUCACCUAUCCCAGAAAGACCGACCUGUCACCUUGUUCUUUGAAAGGAAAGGAGGCCCAUACCAAUCUGCUACUAACAAGGAAUUUUCCAAGACAGACAGAAUGUGCACCCAACUGAAUGUAGCCUGUAAACUUUCUAAUAAUCGUAUUUCAAAAAGAGAACACCAUAGACCAACUCAGUCUUAUGGCCACAAAUCUGAUGACCCUUCCAGAGAUGGAACUACUAGUGUUAUUUUCUUCACGCCAAAGGACAAUAUGAAUAUUUCCCUUGCUAACAAGGAAGCCUUAAACAGUGGAAAUCCUCAACUCCGUAAACAAGAUGAACCAACUUGGAAACCUGUGAAGUUAACUGGGCCGGGCCAAGGAGAGACAUCACAGCGAUUUUCUUCAGUUGAUGAAGAAGCAAAACUACAUAAGACUAUGUCUCAAGGAGAGAUUACAAAAUUGGCAGUGAGGCAGAAGGAUUCAGAUUCGGAUAUAAGACCUCAGAGAGCUAAGAUGAGAUUCUGGGCCAAAGGGAAACAAGGGGAGAAGAAGACUACCCGAGUGAAAGCUGCCACCCAGUCAGAGGUUUCAGCAUUCUUUGCUGGCUCAGAUAUGAUUCCAGCUCAUCAGUUUCCAGAUGAAUUAGUUCAGUACCACCCGACACCUCCUUUGAGCCCAGAAUUGCCUGGUAGUUGCCGGAAGGAGUGCAAAGAGAACAAAGAACCUUCUCCAAAGGCAAAGCGGAAGCGAAGUGUGAAGAUCAGCAAUGUGGCUUUGGAAUCUGUGCACUGGCAAAAUGACUCUGUCCAGAUCAUAGCAAGUGUCAGUGAUUUAAAAAGUAUGGAUGAAUUUCUUCUGAAAAAGAUGAAUGACCUAGAUAAUGAAGACAGCAAGAAAGACACAUUAGUGGAUGUUGUAUUUAAAAAAGCCCUGAAAGAAUUUCGGCAGAAUAUCUUCAGCUUUUAUUCAUCUGCGUUGGCGAUAGAUGAUGGGAAAAGCAUAAGGUAUAAAGACCUCUACGCACUAUUUGAACAGAUUCUGGAAAAGACCAUGAGGCUUGAGCAGCGUGAUUGGAGUGAAUCUCCAGUCAGAGUUUGGGUCAACACUUUUAAAGUGUUUUUAGAUGAAUAUAUGAACGAAUUCAAGACUUUGGAUUGUAUACCCACAAAGGUACCAAAAACAGAAAGAAAGAAAAGAAGGAAAAAAGAAACUGAUUUAGUGGAAGAACACAAUGGUCACAUCUUUAAGGCCACCCAGUAUAGCAUCCCUACAUACUGUGAGUACUGCUCUUCUUUGAUAUGGAUAAUGGACCGAGCAUCUGUUUGCAAAUUAUGCAAAUAUGCUUGCCAUAAGAAAUGCUGUCUAAAAACCACAGCCAAGUGCUCUAAAAAGUAUGAUCCAGAGCUGUCAUCUCGACAAUUUGGGGUUGAAUUGUCCCGUUUGACCAGUGAAGAACGCACUGUUCCUUUAGUGGUAGAAAAGCUCAUAAACUACAUUGAAAUGCAUGGACUGUACACAGAAGGUAUUUACCGAAAGUCUGGUUCAACUAAUAAAAUCAAGGAGCUUCGACAAGGUCUAGAUACAGAUGCUGAGAGUGUAAACCUGGAUGACUAUAACAUACAUGUCAUUGCAAGUGUAUUUAAACAAUGGCUUCGCGAUUUGCCCAAUCCACUCAUGACCUUUGAACUCUAUGAGGAAUUUCUUCGAGCUAUGGGCCUUCAGGAGAGGAAAGAAACCAUCCGUGGUGUAUACUCUGUGAUUGACCAGCUCUCCCGAACUCAUCUCAAUACGCUGGAACGCCUCAUCUUUCAUCUAGUUAGGAUUGCUCUACAGGAAGAAACUAAUCGAAUGUCUGCUAAUGCUUUGGCCAUUGUAUUUGCCCCCUGCAUUCUUCGAUGCCCUGACACCAUUGACCCACUACAAAGCGUGCAGGACAUCAGUAAGACCACCACCUGUGUGGAGCUGAUUGUUGUGGAACAGAUGAAUAAAUACAAGGCUCGUCUCAAAGACAUCAGUAGCCUGGAAUUUGCUGAGAAUAAAGCAAAGACCAGGCUGUCGCUGAUUCGUAGAUCAAUGGGAAAGGGGCGACUGCGCCGAGGAAUCUAUCCAAGUCCAUCCUCUCCUGUUGUAGUUCGGUUGCCCUCUGUGUCUGAUGUCCCAGAAGAGACCUUGACUAGUGAAGCAGCUGGGGAGACUGACAUCACUGAACAGCAGCAAGCAGCUAUGCAGCAGGAGGAGAGGGUUCUGACUGAGCAAAUUGAGAACCUGCAGAAAGAGAAGGAGGAGCUAACGUUUGAGAUGCUAGUACUGGAACCCCGGGCCUCUGAUGAUGAAACUCUUGAGUCUGAGGCCUCCAUUGGGACUGCUGAUAGCUCAGAAAAUUUGAAUAUUGAGUCUGAAGGUGUCAUCUCUGAGAAAUCAGAGAGAAGCUUAGCCCUUAGCUCCCUGAAGGCAGCUGGCAAGUCUGAACAUUCAAGCAAAUUACGAAAGCAGCUAAAAAAGCAGCAAGACUCUUUGGAUUCAGUGGACUCUUCAGUCUCUACUUUGUGUUCAUCUAACACUGCAUCUUCUCAUGGGACCAGAAAACGAUUUCAGAUUUAUUCUAAAUCUCCAUUCUACCGAGCUGCCUCAGCUGGGGAGGCCCUGGGAAUGGAAGGGCCAUUGGGCCAGACCAAAUCCCUGGAAGACAGACCUCAAUUCAUCAGCAGAGGAACCUUCAACCCUGAAAAGGGCAAACAAAAAUUAAAGAAUGUGAAAAACUCACCUCAGAAAACCAAAGAGACCCCAGAGGGGACAGUCGUGUCUGGCCGCAGGAAAACUGUGGACACAGACUCCAGCUCCACCCAACAGCUAGCUCUCUUUGGAAAUAACGAGUUUAUGGUCUGAACUGGCAGCUGUGUGUCCCUUCAUGGCUACAGAGUGGUAAACACAUCUCAUCUUUGGGGCCUCUUCUCAUCCCCUCGUCCACAAUAGUCUAUCCUAAUUGUGGUCCUGCCUCUUGCCCAAGCAUACAACUGAGAACUUGUGUGCUAAUUUCUUGGGCCUCCUGCCAAAGCAGAAAGGCCUCUUUGAAGCCUGCUGGGGAUGGUGCCAGCUGUGCCUUGGCUGCUGUACUUGACUGGAGAUUUCACUAAACAGAGCCACCUGGGGCGGGAUUUGGGUCAGUUGUGGAGGUCUUCAUAGUUGUCUCUCCUCCAUCCUCUUUUCCUUCCCAGAGAUGGGUGUUGAACUUGGGGGGGUGGGCAAGGAGGGACAUGGUGGGCCUGAGAGAACCACUGGUUUUUGACAUUUGAAGAAAACAUAUAAAUCUUUCUUAACCGUGAAAGCAAAAGAGCCUUUGGGUUUAUUUUGGGAUAGUUAGGAGCUGGGGUAGAAUAUAAUUUUUUCCAAGGAUUUAUAAAAGCCUAAGCCCUCUAUUUUAAGAUUUUUGAGAAAUACUCCAUGUUAUAUUCUGAGGAAAGUAAAAAAGUAAUUGUUUCCAUGAAGCCAUCAGAGCAUGUCUCAGACAUCUGGUUACAUGAUGAAGCAGAGAGUACAUGUUUUGUUUUUUGAUGAUAUUCAGUGUCAUAAUAAUGCUGGUUUCACUCCUGGUUAGUUCCUGCCAAAUAUAUUGCAUGGGCUGAAGUUUCAGUUGCCCUCCUGUUUUCAUACUUCCUGGUCCUAGGAUUAGGUUCCUCUGAUCUUUUUUUAAGUGUCUCAGAGACAUGGUGAUCCCUAAACACCUAAUCCACCCAGGCUUUCCUCUUUGUAUAGAUUAAACUGAAGAUCACAUAUGAACUUGUUCAUCUGCUGGUGGAAUUCCACCACAAACUCAAAUAAUAUGACCAUUUAAUCACUUCUCCUAAAACAUUCAUAUACAACACUGCAUGAAUAAGUGUUAACAGAAAGCUGCCAAAAAGUAAGAGAAAAAAUUUUAAUAUAACCAUCUAGCUAUCAUCUUCUUUUCCUCAGACCAUCAGUAUUAAAUAGAUGAAAAAAUAAAUCAAGAACUACUUGAAGCUAUUUUUGUUAAUAUUCUGGUUACUGAAGUUUACUGUAAAUAUAUAUGUAUAGGAUGCGUAUUUCUUUUUAACCUUAUGCUUCCCUCCUCCUGGUGGAAUUUCUUCCCACAGAUUAGGAGCCAUUGGAUAGGGUUGAAAGCCACUAUCCCUGGGUUGAGGGAAAAAUCAGACCAUCUUUUUCACCACUGGGUGUCUCCAUACACCUGAGCUACAAUAGCAUUUUAAGCUUCUUAGCAUUUGUGGGAUUAGAAAUCUGUUUUUGCUAUUUAUAAUAUAUGGAAAAUGAAACAUGAUACUCUUUCUUGAGAUAAGUAUGUGAAAAUGUUUAUUUUUAAAGUUACUAAAUGCAUCUUGUCUAACUACCACAUGCACUGUUCUGAAAAAGAGUCUUUACCAUCUGUAACCUGAAUUUUGGUUAUUUUUUCUUUUCAUACUUCUUCGAUUUGAAGUUAUGGAAAUAUUAAGCCUUUUGUUAAGACAGAAUCUCUCCUGUUACACAACACUGAACCUCAUGUCACUGCCUCAGUGGUUAUUGUCAAGCCCCGGAGGUCAGACUUAGAACAUCAUUCUGAGUGGCAGCUAAAGGUAGCAGGAGUCUUCUCUCUCCCUGGUUUGGUUUCAGAAAUGAGCUAGGGAAAGGAAUCUUUUUAAAUAUCCAGAAUGAUGAUGGUUAUGAGUAAGUGUUAGAUUUUAUAUCCCACAAACAUCCACCGCCUUGUUUGUGCUGAGGAGUAAUAAAUGUAAAGCCUUUUAAAAAUCAGAACUUUGGAGACUCUCCUAGAGGAAAACCCAACCCCUCAGCAUGGUCAUGUCCAAUUGGGACUGCUGGUGCCCCGGGGCCCCAAGCCAAGCUGCACAGGUUGUUUCAAUAUUCCUGGGAGAGUAGUGUCCUGCUGGGCAUUGACUACCCUCUACUUGCUCCAGAACAUUGGUUAAAUACCAUACAAAAAAGAGAUUUACCCUUGUUGGAUAAUUUCCUUUGGCCCCAGGGAACGGCCUGGAGAACAUAUCUUGGCAUAUGUUCUCCCUUCUAAAUUUUUGCAGAUUUUCUGUAUUUGUUUGCAAAAUAAGUUUUUGGCAGUUUAAAAAAAAAAAACAUAUAGGUCACUUUAUAGGAACUAGGCAAUGGAUGUUAAAAGACUUUAUAAUUUUUCUCAGGGACCUGAACCUGAAUUUGGAUAAAAUUAAAUAAAAAAUACUUGUUUUUUGGUUGCUAGAUUUGUGGAUUUCUAGUCAUUUAACAAACUGCCAGAAUGGAGGGUGGUGGGGAGGAGAGAUCCACACAAUUGUAAGAAUGGAGAGCAAGUGUGGGACCUUCCCUUUAAAGGGAAGAAAGCUUUUCUUCUGAUAGUGUAACAGGUAUUGGUGGCCUGAUGAAGAGAUGAAGCCAUAACUCUUAAAAACUGUCAGAACCAAGUGCUGUAUCUUCUUCCAUCUGAUCUUAUCUGGUCCUCUCCGUGGUUAAAGUUAUGUCACCACAAAGUGAUGCUGUAGUACAAUCACUUAUGAUGAAGAUGUUUAACUUAAUAUAUGUAAAAAUUGUGCUUCCUAUUGCUUCUCUUUUACUUUUCUUUGAUUUCAAAUGCCACAAACAGAAUCCCUGGGUGGCAGCAACAGGGCAGCCCCACAUUUGGAGCCCAAGCUCCAAAAUACAGAGCAAUUUGUUCAUAUCACACAUUCCCAGCCCCAAACAAAGCCAGGUUUUUCACUUCUCCCCAUUAAACCCAAGGUAUCCCUUAUAAUGGAAAAUGUAAUAGAAGCAGAGAAGUAUGAUUUUAAGGUUACAUCGUGUAUCAUUAAGUGAAACAAAUUUGUUUAACAGCAAGGAUCAGGGAGGUGGGAUGCUUAGUUUAUAAUGCACUUUGUACUUCCUGCCAUUUUAAUUCCUUUGCCACUCUGGGCUUCUGGAAACACAAAAGGAGGUAUGGAGUUCCCAAUAUGGACCUUGCAGAAACAGAGGGACCUGAAGUCAGGGGAUGGGAUACCAGAGCCCCUACCUUCUCAUGCCUUGGAAAACAACUGCAGCUCCUACCCUGCUGCUGGGAGGUUAGUGGAGACUUCUAUGUUCCAUGACAAUAGAGUUUUCACUGUCAGAGAAGGAGGAGUCCAGCAAGGUUCUGAAGGCCCACCUCAGUGACUAUGGGCCAUGUUUUGUUUUUUUUUUUUUUUUUUUUUAACUAUAACUAACAAACAUGUACCUUUCACAAGCACUUUGGUGAAGUAGAGAAGAAAUUCUCAGGAUGUGUUCAAAGUUAAGAGAGUUUUAAUUUUAAAAAGAAAUACAGUCCAGAUGGCUUUUCUCAACCUCCUCUCCUCUUUUUUCCCCCUUGGUGGGGAAGCUAGGCAUGGGGCUUGAAUCAUUCUGUGUUGACAAAUGUGUUAUGUCUAUCCAUAACUUUGUGACAGUUUCCAGCACUGCCCCCCAAUGACACCAUGCUAGCUUUGGUAGUAGAAGUCUUUGAUAUUUGAGGGAGUCCUUGUUUUUCUGUGCCCCUACCCACUUUUCUCUGGAACUGCUCCCACAUUUGAUUUGGUGUUAAAAGCUAACAGCAAAAUGAUGAUUAUGGAGGUGGAUCUAUUAGAUCUUAUUGGUCUCUUGGUUAAAAUUCUUCAAGAAAACUGCACGAAGGGGAGUAUCACCUUGGUGUUCAUCUGUACUUAAUACCUAUUUAUCAACCCUCUUAGGUCAUAUAAAAGAUGCACCUUUUGAACCGAGUAAUUGUAUUUACUAGGGGAAAGGUGUGGAUUACAGAUUAGUAUUAUAUUAUUUUAAUGGAUUUAAAGUAAUUUAUAAGUAUGCUGAGUGUAAAUUUUUAAAAGACUAUGUAUUGUAAAAGGACAUAUCCUGUGAAAUAUAAUAUCAUUUUACUGUUUAACAGAAUAAUUCUAUAAAAAGAAUGAUUUAUCUCACCCACGGAACUGAUUACAUUCCUGAUGCAAUCAACAGGCACUUUGUAAUUUCCUUUGGGGAUGGUUUUUUGUUUUGUUUUGUUUUAUUUUUUGGGGGGGGAGAGCAAGACAUCACCUGUAUAAAGUGCAGUUUGUGUCACUCAGAACAUGCACUGUAUAGCUACACAAAAGCAGCUUGAUGAACAAGUCACUCCAUGGCUCAUUAAAGAACAAAGCUUCCAGAAGCA